AUGUCCUCAAACACUAAUUUAGGUUAUACGGGAUAUUUACUUAGGAAGACUGUUUAGCCUCACUCUUUGAGGUACGACAACUCUAAUUUCAAUGAGUACAGGUCGAAGAAUAUGAUCAUGUACAUAAAUAAAAAAGUCAGCAACACUCGUGAAAGAGAAGGAAAGAAUUUAUCGCAUCAAUAGUUAUAAAAGGGAAUUAAUAUUAUGGUUAGAAAGGCUAACGGACAAGCAAGUGGAGCUCAAAAAGAUAAUGAAGAAAGUUCUUAGGUUCAAGAAGAAGUAAAUUUGGAAUAGCUCAAAAAGGAUGAAGAAAAAGAAAGAUAAGAUCCAUUUUAUCAAGAAGUUAUGAUCAGAAUGAAAUAAAAUGAAUACACUGAUGACUUUGCAGUUGUUUCUGAGGAAAAUAAAAUUCUUAAGUAGGCAAAAGGAAGAAAAGAGAGAAGUGACAUUGAAUAGACUUUGAACAUAUUGGUUGCUAAUAAUCUCGAUCAGAAUAACUUAUAGGAAUUGUUCAGAGAUUUCAAAAAAAUAUCUUUAAAAGAUAAGCUAAACGACCUAAAAAGUAGACAUGCAGAUAUGGCUAAAAUUCAAAGAAAAAUCAAAAAGGAUUAGCAAACCAUGCAAGGAUUAGAAGACAACGAAAAAGUUAACAAAUUCAUGAAUAUCAUUUGUCAAAGCAGAAACUUAACUCUCGGCAAAAUUCUCUCUAUGAAAGAAGAAGAAAUACAGUACGGUACUUAGGAUGACGGUCUAGAAUCAAUACCUAAAGUUAAGGCUUUAGAAAUGCUGCAAGAGCUGAUUGAAGAUGAAGAAGAAGAAAAUUAAAAAAAUAUGAUUAAAAUUUUUAAAAAGACUUAGCUUGAUAAUAUUGAUAUUGAUGCUGCUAGAAAUAAAUUUAAUAUGACAUCUUUCAAGAAGAAAAAUGAAUAAACAGAAAAAUUAUACAAUUAAAUGGCUGAGAAUAACAAAAAAGCUAUUUUGAAUGCAAGUAAAAUUGGAUUAUUUAUUUAUUUUUUUACAUUACUAAGUCAAAUUUGUUUGUUUCUUUUAUUAAUUAUUUAUUUAGUUAAGGAUCCUCAGUUCGAUCCAGAGAAAUUUGUCAGAAACAAAGAAAGUGUCAAACCUCCAAGUGAGAAAGUAAACGUUUUUCAGCGGUUGAUUUCACCUGAAUACGCAAAAAUGUAAGAGGAAAUCUAAAGAAGUAUGCCCAGAUAGAUUCCUUUGCAUUUUGUUCAAACUGAAUAAGAAAAAUGCCACUAAAAACUUAAGGAAUUAUUCUCUUAGAACAAAACUCAUGAAUCUGCACCUAAUAUAUUUGAUUCUAGAAUAUCUACAAAAAAAUCUUUCAACCUGAACACUCAACAAUCUUAGAAUGGGCAACAGUUUUUCUUAACUUAAAGCAAUUACUCAGUUCCUAAUUCUACUUUACACAGAUCACAUUCUCAAAAAGUCUAAUUUAAAAACUUAACAGCUAACUCUGCUUUAUUUACACCACAAAAAAAUCCUAUUGAACUUUCUUAGAUUUCAACUGAUGUGAAAUCAGGAACAGACACUCAAACAAAAUAAAUAAGCAGAAAUUUAUCUGCUAAGUUUACUCCAUUUAACAGCUCUGUCGAAGCCUAUUAAAUAAAAACUCCUAAAUCAUAAUCUGGCUUGUAAAAUACACAGUAAUAGUAGUAUUAUUAAUAGCAAUAAAAGAGGAACUAACUUCUUCAAAGAUAAUCUAAAUCAAUGUCCUCAAAUCCUUAUUAAGACAGAAAAGCUCAGAUUAAAGUUUAAUCUCAAGCUGAAAUCUUGUAACAACGUAUUAAUAAACUGAGAGAAAACAAACAAUUCGCGAAAGCGAAUAAGUUACAAAUGCUUCUCAACAAAAUAGAAAUGCAAAAAGAAGUGUAAAACUUCGUAGAAACCUGCAACUAAGAAAAAUUGGAAGCAGCAAAAUAGUCAAGCUUUACCAACCAUAAAAUUAACAACCUAGAAAACGAAUUCGAAAACGACUUAAAAGAAAUAAAUCUUCUCCAGCAAGGAUAGGUGAACGUUGAAGUCAAAAUUGACAACCCUAACUUCAUCGAAUUUAAAAACAGGUCAGAAUUUAAGAGAAAAUUAAUUAAUCACCUCAUCAAAAAAGUUGAUAAAAAAACAGACCUUUUAAGUAAAUACAAACAGAAGUAAUUCACCUAAAAUUUCUUGUAAAAAUUGUAAGAUGACGGCUACAUCACAGUAGACCAGUGA